GAAGUCUGCCUGGUGGUAUUGCAUUUCACCAUAUGUUGCUGCUACUGUAAAUUACAUUGUUUAAAUCACCGGUAUUUGCCGUGCACCAUGGCAAUGUCGAAGUACGACGAAAUAUUUUUAGGUGUUUUAAAAGAAAAAGGCCAUAUAAUGCCAUUUCUGGAUGCCGUAUUUGGUUUCUUAUAUAACUGCACAGAUUUCUACCUAAUUCAAAAAGAUCCAUCAGAUAAAAUGGGCGUUCCAGCAGGUGUGGCUCAAAAUUGUGUUUUAAAAGUAUUUAAGAAGUGGGAAAUGCAAGCAAGACAAGACAGUGAAUACUAUUCUAAGAAAAGAAUGGCUAGUGAUGGCAAUAUCCCACCUGCUGGUCAGGAAGUUGAGGUGACAUCUAAAGUUCUUGAAGAAGCUGAGAAGCCCAAGUCACGAAAAGAUGAUGAGACAGGAACCCAAGAAAGAGCAGAGUUGGAAAAGAAGGAUGUACCACAAGGAGAGAUAAAUGCAGGACAGAAUAAUGCUCAUAAGAUGAAUAAUUGUAAACAACCAGGAGUUCAGAUUGCAGGGGACAGCUACAAUGGGGCAGUUCUAGACAACUAUAGAUGGUCACAGAGCCUUGUUGACUUGGAUAUCCAGGUUCCAGUGCCAGAAUACGUAACUAAGGCUCAUGAUGUGCGUGUAAACAUAACAGCCACAACUCUAAGUGUGGCAGUGAAAGGAAAAGAGGCUGGGGAAUGGAAAACUUUAAUGGAUGGUGAGCUGUGCCAGCGAACUAACAAACAUGAAUCCAUUUGGAAUCUUGAACCUGGCAGAUGUAUUCAGGUGUAUCUACAGAAAAGUAUAGAGAAUUGGUGGGAUGCAUUGCUGAUGUCAGAAGAAAAAAUUGACCUCUCAAAUAUAGAUGCUACCAAUCCCAUUAACGACCUCGCAGAGGACGAGCAGAUGAAAAUUCAGGAAUUCAUGUGGAACCAGGAUCGAAGACGGCAAGGACUGCCAACAUCUGAUCAGCUGGCAACAGAGAAGAUUCUGAAAGAAGCUUGGAAUAAAGAAGGUUCACCCUUUUUAGGGACAGAAUAUGAUCCGUCAGUGGUAAACUUUGGAAAUAGUUGCACAGAUCUUCCAGAAGAUUUCCGUGACCUACCAUGAACAUCUGGGCAAUGGAACACAUAUUGUCUCAGAGAGUCAUCAUCGUCAUCAUCUAAUUGUAUUCAUGUUAUUCAACUUUCUUAUAAACGAAUAUUAAAAUAUUUUGCAUAUAAAUAUUGUGGCAUAUUUUAA